AUGUAUCUGAACCCCAAGUCUGAGGCUACCUGGUGUAAGUAUUUUCCAACGACCCUCAAAGGUGUUGCACAAACGUGGAUCACCAAAGGGGUAAAAGAAGGCUCAAUUUCUAGUUGGCAGGAUCUCUCCAACAAGUCUAAGAGCAAGUUUUCUACAGCUAAUUGCCGAGAGAAGACAACUGCAGAGCUGAUGAGCCUGCAUCAAGCUGAGGAUAAAAGCCUCCGUGACUAUCUGACUCGCUUCAGCAACGAGUCAUCCAGAAUUACAAAUCUAGACCAGGGCCUUGCCACCUUGGAGGAAGCUUUGGACGGCUCGGAUAAGUUCAUCCGAGCCGAAGAAUGGAAUAAAGCGAAAUCUCAGUCUCAUUCUGGGGCUGGGAAAUCGAGAGGGCAACUGCCCGAGGGCCCGGCACCGAGGAAAGGGAAGGCCAAGGCCUCAGAACCGUCUUCGGCUGCCGAGCCGAAGAAAGAGAAGUUUGACCCUUAUGCAGGGAGAUACGACUCAUACACUCCCCUUGCUCUUCCCCGCACUAAGAUCUUUAGCACGACUAAGGACGAGGGGAGGUUCAAGAAGCCUCGGUAG